UUUCUCUGCUCGUUGUUUGGGAACUUCUUCUUGGCAUAGCCUUGAGUUAUUACAUUUUUAGGCCAAAUGCCAUCUCCUAAGAGCUCGGUGGGAAGUAAAAGUAGCAGUCGCCGGAGGAACAUCCAUCACUGGUACUAUCAGCAGGGUACUGCCGGAGUUUUCAGCUCUUCAUGGAUCCGCCGGUUGCACUUGACACCAACUCCGUCGCCCCCAAGUGCCACAGUGAAACCAGCCCAGAUGGCUGCACCUCUGCCAGUGGGACCAGAUGCUGUAAACUCACUUUGCACAACUGGGUUAGGUGAUGGCCCCUUGCCUGACCAUCACACUGUUUCCACCCAUGAAUCUCGAACUCCAACUUCUAUUUGUAGUACUAGGACGAGAUUGUUCCUUCAUCGCCUCCUUAAGUUCCACGAGGAACAUCCUCUUCCAACAAUGAAUCAUGGAACCUGCUCCGUCACUGGUUUUGGGCCAUUUCAGGUUAAAUCAAGGAGGAGCCCAGAUGUUCCCGGACCAUGUUCUUCCUCUGCCCCUCACCCAUCAUCACGGCCCAAACUUGUUGAGUCAUCCUUGGCUAGUGCUCAUCGUUUGCAGCACGGAGAAUCACAAUUUCAGGAAACCAAACACGGUGGAUUGGGAAGCUCCAGUUUUGCUGGCCGGGACUCUGCAACAGCCCUGGGUAACAAAGGGAAAUUCACUUACCAUGGGAACUCCUGCAAGAAUAUUUUUUUCCAUUCUUUACAGAGGAUGACGCGAUUUGGCAUAGAAAAAGAAAAAAUGGAGAAUAAUCGGAAUCAAGAGCAUAGYCACGUUCCCUUUAAUGGAGGAAAGCUCUUCCUGGGCUGCCAGAGUCACUUUAAUGGUAAAAGCUAUCUAGAGAAUGCAGAUGACAUGGUUCUGGGUUCAUCCUCAUCGCGGAGGGUGGAUGACAAUCAACAUGGUCUUCAUCUCUCACCAUUCUUUCCAAAUAGAUCUCUCUCAAAGAAGCAUGACUACCAGGGAGAUAAUGGAGCUAAUGGGUCCGUUGGAUUAGCUAGGGAUGCAUAUCUUUCUGGUCCACCAGGAGAAGCCAUUAAUAUGGGGGCGUUGAGGGUAGAAAGCAGAUGGUCUCCUCCACCAGCGCCAUUCACCGCAGGUGACCAAAGACUUCAUGAACACGUCAUGCCUGUGAAUCGAUGGCCCACCACUGCAGCUGUUUAUGGUGUUGAUUGUAUUUCUGGAUCUAGAGGUGUCACUUAUCAUGCAAGUGGCGGUGAUGGGGCUUCUGGGAGAACCUAUAGGGACCAGCUUAUGAUGCGUAACUUCGAAUUAUGCCAACAUGAGAGGCCAGCUCCUGCUUGUGUGAACAAGCCAGAGGAACCAUUUUCUUUUUGGAACAUGGGCAGCUAUAAAGGAACCAUAUUAUCAUCAUCUUUCUGUCAGGCAAGUGAAACUGGUAGAAAAAGAGACUUCAACAUGGAUGAUUUUGUUUCUACAAAAGUAAGAAAGCUGGACAGUGAAGGUUAGCAUAGCUUCACCAAAUUUGGAUACUCCAGCAAGAGAUUUUAGUGGGACUACAAUGGUGAGAAGGUCAAGAAAACUCAAGUUGAAAUUGUCUGAGAGAUAAGCUUCAAAUACAUAGAAACACUGAAACAGGACAGAAAAACUCACCCACGUCAAUGAAGCAACCAAUCUUUUAGCCGUUCUGGUUCUAAAAUGAGGUUGGCAUCUCUGGGUAGGCCAACAACCCCAAGAUCUCCGGGUGGCAAUGCAUUUGAAAGUGUAGAGGAUUCUGAUGAGGAAGGCACUGAGCUUCCAUAUGGAGAGGACAACCUUGUCAGCUAUGACAAUACAAGUUCUGCCCCAGUUGACACCAAUGUCCAUGGUGCUGACCCAAACAUCCAAGAUUCAUCAGUUUCACUUCAAGUAGAGAAUGUUAAUUCUUCUCAAGAUCCAAUGUGUGGAGAAACUGUAAGCAGUUUACUAUCUGAUGCAAAAGAGCCAGAUGCAGCUGAAAUGCUUAUCGUGCAGAAGGAUUCAGCAUGCACUCUUGUACCUCUAAAAACUAUUUCUCAUGAGGUACCAAAUGGAGAAGAGGAAGAAGUGUGUGCAAUGAUUCGUGAAUGUUUGUCUCUCCGGGAAAGAUAUGUUUAUAGAGAAUGUGUUGCUCCAUGGAUGAAGGAAACCAUUGCAGAAUCUUGUCCCCCUGGGAUUCAUAAGGAUCCUUUUCAUUUCGAUCCUGUUGAGCCAACUGGGCACCAUUUUAAGAUGGAGGAUGGGGUUGCACAUGUUUAUGCAAGCAAAGAGGCAACUGAAGAGCUUUACCCUGUUGCAAGUUCAACAACAUUCUUCACUGAUAUGCAUUACAUACUUCGGAUCAUGUCUCUUGGAAACGUCCGCUCAAUAUGCUACCACCGGCUACGCUUUCUUGAGGAGAAAUUUCGUCUGCAUUUAUUAAUAAAUGCAGAUCGGGAAUUUUUAGCACAGAAAGGUGCGCCUCAUCGUGAUUUCUACAAUGUUAGAAAGGUAGACACACAUGUUCAUCAUUCUGCAUGUAUGAAUCAGAAACAUCUUUUGCGAUUCAUAAAGUCCAAAUUAAGAAAAGAGCCUGAUGAGGUUGUUAUAUUCCGGGAUGGGAARUAUCUUACCCUAAAGGAAGUCUUUGAAAGUUUGGAUUUGACAGGAUAUGACCUCAAUGUUGAUUUAUUGGAUGUACAUGCUGAUAAGAGCACAUUUCAUCGUUUUGACAAAUUCAAUCUGAAGUAUAAUCCCUGUGGGCAAAGCAGACUCAGAGAAAUCUUCUUAAAGCAAGACAACCUUAUUCAAGGGCGUUUUUUGGCUGAAGUGACAAAGCAAGUCCUGUCUGAUCUUGAAGCUAGCAAAUACCAGAUGGCAGAGUACAGGAUCUCUAUCUACGGAAGAAAACAAAGUGAAUGGGACCAGAUGGCAAGUUGGUUUACUAAUAAUGCAAUUUACAGUGAAAAUGCUGUUUGGUUAAUUCAGCUACCACGGUUAUACAAUGUGUAUCGGCAAAUGGGGAUUGUUACAUCAUUUCAGAAUAUCUUGGAUAAUGUGUUCAUUCCACUCUUUGAAGUCACAGUUGAUCCAAAUUCUCAUCCCCAGCUCCAUGUUUUUCUAAUGCAGGUAGUUGGUUUUGACAUUGUAGAUGAUGAAAGUAAACCUGAAAGACGUCCUACCAAACACAUGCCAAAGCCAGCUGAAUGGACUAAUGAAUUUAAUCCUGCAUACUCAUAUUAUGCCUAUUACUGCUAUGCAAAUUUGUGUACCCUAAACAAGCUCCGUGAAUCCAAAGGAAUGCCUACAAUCAGAUUCCGGCCUCACUGUGGGGAGGCAGGUGAUAUUGACCAUUUGGCUGCUGCAUUCCUUCUAUGCCAUAACAUCUCUCAUGGGAUUAAUCUCAGGAGAUCACCUGUCUUACAAUAUUUGUAUUACCUCACUCAGAUUGGAUUGGCUAUGUCACCAUUGAGUAACAACUCCCUAUUCCUGGAUUAUCAUCGUAAUCCAUUCCCCAUGUUUUUCCAACGUGGUCUAAAUGUUUCUCUCUCAACUGAUGAUCCUCUUCAAAUACAACUGACAAAAGAACCUCUUGUGGAAGAAUAUAGUGUUGCAGCACAGGUGUGGAAGUUAACUUCAUGUGACCUCUGUGAGGUAGCAAGGAAUUCUGUAUAUCAAUCUGGGUUUUCUCAUGCAGCAAAGAUGCAUUGGCUUGGCAACAAAUAUUUCAAGAGAGGUCCUGAAGGAAAUGAUAUUCAUAAGACAAAUGUACCACGUAUGAGGAUUGCCUUUAGACAUGAGACAUGGGAAGAGGAGAUGCAAUAUGUGUACUUGGGAAAAGCCAGUAUUCCUGAAGAAAUAGCUUACUGAUUCUUGUUGAAAGAAUCAGGGCUCAUAGUAUUCCUUUUGGUAAUGUUAUGCAAACAGAUCCUGGUGCAGAAUUCAGAAUGGAUCUAUACUGCUUUUCUCUAUGGGAUGGGCUCUGCCACAUGAAAAUCAUUUUUACAUCAUGAUCCACGAGAUAUUCCAACCUGUAGAUAAUCGGUCCCUGCAAUGAGAACAUGCAGUUCCUUGAAGCCAUUUUGUAAUGUCUCUCUGCAUUUUAUUUUACUCCAUGUAAAAGCUAAUCAUUUACCUUCAAAGAAAUAUCAGUUUUGGUGGUGUAACUGGGUAAAACAAAUGGGCAUCAAUCUUCCCUUUGAUUUUAUUAUUCUUAUUUUCAUGGGGGGGGGGAGUGCAUUUGUUUCAUUGAUCUAAUAGCCAACUUUGUUCAUUUGGAGCAGAUCAGUCUUCCAGUUCCAGUGCUUUCAACCAAAAAUUGCAAUCAUAUUUUUUGUUAUA